UUGGAAAGCUACGUCCCAAUUUAUUAAAAAAAAAAAAAUCUAAAAAUAAAAGGGGGGAAAUGGAUCUCUCCCCUCUCUCGUCUCCUCCUCCUAGCCAUCAAUAAAAAUCCCCUGAUUACUUUAAAAAUCCGCUCGCCUGGAAAGAGAAUCUCUAUCUUAACAAAAACAACCUACCGCAUCUUCGCCUUCACCAAAAUCUCAAGCGCUCGAAGCAUGGGGCAGGUCUUGGCCACUGUCCAGGAGAAAUUCCAUGGGAAACAAUGGAAAGAGAAGCAGAUAAGGAAGAUAACGGAUAAGGUGUACGAUCGCAUCAGAGCCGAUUGCGGAGGCGACGGCAUCAACUUCGAAUAUCUCUACAUCGCAGUUCUCUGUGUAUACAAUGAUAUCAACAAACGCUUGCCUGGCCCUCAUAAUGAUCCACCGACGAAAGACCAACUUAAAGCUAUGAUGGAGGAAUAUGAUUUAAACCUUGAUGGGCUACUGGAUCGUGAAGAAUUUGCUGAAUUCAUCAGGAAGCUCACUGCUGACGCCGUUACUGCUAUUAGCCGCAAUCUGGUAAUUGCGCUUAUUGUGGCACCCACUGUGGCUCUGCUCACCAAGAGAGCCACUGAAGGAGUGCCUGGUGUCGGUAAAGUUGUGCAUAAAGUGCCCAACUCUGUGUAUGCUUCCAUUGUGACUCUUGGGGUUGUGUUGGUUCAAAAGUCCUGCGAGGGCUAUGAAUGAUUGUCUUGGUGAUUUAUCUUACUUAAGGAAUAGAUACAAUGCAUUUUGCUUUAUUCUUGUAAAGAGAAUGUUGGAUUUGCUUGUUCUUAUUGCUUGGAAAAUGUUGGUAUAUUGUUAGUUACUUGGGCAAUCGUGAAGAAUUGUCUUUGUUUUAGUA